AUGAGGCUGAAGAUCGUGGGCCUGGUCGGUUCUGUUCUUAUUACCCUCAGCCAUGCUGGCAACUCGGGCUGGGAGAGCACGACAUGCUCACCCGUGACGGAGUAUACUACGGUCUACUCGGUCGAUACUUCCUAUGUCGAAACGACGGUCUACUCGACCGCCACCGAGUACAGCACGGUCAUUGACACCACCACCGAGAUACAAGUCCAGCCCACCACUCUGGUCGAUACCACGACCUCCGUCCAAGCCGUUCCAACCACGAUCGUCAAUGAACAUACGGUCACCAGCGUUGAUUUGAGUACCGUCACCACCACCACCACUACCACUGUCGUUCAAACCACCACUGUCACGACAUGCCCGCCGACAACGACCCUGACCGGAUUAGUCACUUGUACGUCGAGAAUCGUCAACCCGACCUACACCCCCAAGGCUCCGUUGCCCAGCGACUACCUUUGGGGCUGCCCUCCAGGAACCAUCUGCACCCCGCCCCAGAUAGAUUGCAACUGGGAGCAGAACCCGCCCGCCGACACCUACGUGUGCGCCCCGGACGAAUGUCAACCUCUCCCGGAUCUCCCCUCGGUCGACUUCAACGCGACCUGGCCAAGCCCCACUGAGGCCGAUUGCGCCUGGUACGAGCCCACCCUGGGCUAUUUCCACCUCAACCCAGAGCAUUUCGGACUUACCUUUGCCAUCUUUGACGUAUAUGGUCAGCCCAUCUGUCCUUCUGAGCCAUCGCCCACCACCGGCGGCUGGGAUGACUGGGCUUCUCCCACACCCAAAUCCACGUACAUGCCCCGACGGCGACGCGAAACCAACAACCCCCUCGCCGAAAUCCGAAGACGUCAGAGUCUGGCUAUUGCUCCGGCACCAUGUUACAGUGUCUACGACCACACCAGCGAGGCUGGCCAAAACGCCGGAUAUGUGUACGACUUGCUCUGCCUGCCCACCACGGACUUCCAGACUGGCGUCGCGGCCUGCCGAGCCUGUGCGGCGACCUAUGCGGGCAGCUCCACCAGCACUGAUAGCUUUCCUGACAUCCAAGUUUAUGAAUCGUGGUGCCUGGCGAACGCUCCUUAA